AUUCGCUUCAGAUUCACACUUACAAAGUUCAAGCUUGCUAAUUGUUGACUUCAUGAACAUGAAGAUGAGGAAUCUUCUUCCAGCUGUUUUUUUUGGACUUCUUGCCUUGAUCCACUCCUCACCUAUCGACUCUAUGACCCAGAUCCCUGCCAGGCCAGAGGAGGACGUUCUAGAAGAGGCCAUGACUGAUGGGUUCCUUGUUGAACACUUUGCUGGCCCCUCAUUCACAACUGAGCCACCCAAAAUAAAUACAACAGUUCAGGCAUCCCAGGCAUCUUUGGAAAUCUUACCUGAGGGCAGCGGUUUCUACCCUACUUCUACAACUGACUCACACAAAACGACCACAAACAACUUGCAGACAUUCUUUGUUGACCCAAGCGAGGGCAGUGGUUUCCUCGGGACACCUACGUCACCAACAACUGAAACACCUGAAAUCACUAGAACUAUUUCUCCAUCUCCACAAGUGACCUUAGAAACCCCAGUUGAGGGAAGUAGCUUCACUGAAUCCCCUACAACAGAAUCAUCGAAGCUAUCUACAAUGAUUCAACAGACGAGCACAGAUUUCCUAGCAGAUGGUGAUGGGGACAGUUCAGUUUUCAGUUUAGGUCCCACGACAACAUCUCCGAGUGCUUCAACUGCAUCAACCCCUACCUCCACAAAGGAGUCUGUGGAAUCACCGUCCAUUGAAGAUUCUAUAAGGCCAAUAGGCAGUAACUUUAACAGAAUAUUGGGAACAAAUCGAGAUGAGGUCUUUACCGAUGGAGUUUCAACAGAACAAGUUCAUCGCCCCCAUGAAUCAACAGAAGAUGAAAGCAUGCACAAAGGACACAGCACACCUGGUUGGAUCAUCAUCCUUGCAUUUCUAGUUGCUCUGGCUGCACUUAUAGCUCUUUGCGCUGCCAUUGCUACCAGAGAGAAAUGGAAUGGUCCACAGCAGACAUCUGAGACAACUGAGAAAAAAACUAAUGCUUCGAACCAGAAGAGGGAGCAGGAGAUGCAGACUUUCCUGCACAAAGAUGAGCCCAAAGAGAAUGGAAUGGAAACUGAGUACACGGUUAUUCCACUGGACGAUCUUGCUGACCAUUAUUCACAAGACUGAGUUUGAGAGACCAACUCUAUGCAGACUCAGCUGUUAAUCAUAAGACUGUUUCUUAAAGAAUAUAAAAUUUGAACAGAGGAACAAAACUUGACAGAAUUGCUUUUUUGAUCAGAAUUUUUUUCUGGACUUUAUCUGGCAGUCAAAAUUGUGUUCUGUUUUUCUUUUUUCUUAUUUUUUAAUGAUGCCUUUCAAAAGCUUUAAUGAGAUCUGUUCUUGAAACGUAAAAAAAAAAAAUUGCUGAGAUAUUUAUUGCCAUAUUCAACUUUUUUUAUUACUUGUAAGAUAGACAACCAUUCAUGUGUGGUGCACAAAUAUAGUUUAUUUCAUUUCAACAAGGAAAGAUUUUACAAUGUAUAUUAUUUUUUUCCUCUUUUUUUUUGUAUUUGUUUUAAUAUUAUUUGAGAGUCUUGAUAGUAAUCUUAUUGAAUAAUGUAUUGUGAGUUCUAACUUAUAUGAAACUGCUCUGCUGCUUUCCCAUUUUCAUUUUGCAAGCUGGGAGCUCAGCUUGCUAACUCCACUGCUCUUCCUUCUCCCACACAGCACUUCAAAGGUUGUGAAAUGCACUUGCAGAAUAUUCAUUGCAUCCCACGUCAAACAGGAAAUAAACACAACAGAAACACA